AUGGGUCCGGUUCUGUUAGCUCUUUGGAGUUGUCUCCUGUUGGGGCUCGGUGCUGCCACCAGUUUGAGACAUGACCGUACGAAGCGGUCUUCCCACUGUUACGGAGACCUGGGCUGUUUCUCAAACGAGUACCCGUUCAACAAUUCUGAUGGGGCCUUGCCUUUAUCUCCAAGUCAAAUACGUCCAACUUUCCUACUUUUCUCCGAAAGAAGUAUUCCAAGCGCUCCCUUCCGGUUAGUGCGCAACGACAGACACAACCUAUGGACGUCCGGAUUUGAAGCCAGUCUCCCCACUAAGAUAAUUAUACACGGUUUCACUCAGAACGGAAAUGUACCCUGGGCGCAUGACAUGAUGUCUGAACUUAUAAGAAAGGAGAGAAUGAACGUGAUUAUUGUGGACUGGGGAAGGGGUUCUGGGUUUCCCUACACACAGGCAGUCGCAAAUACUCGUGUUGUCGGAGCGGAGGUAGCGGCCAUGAUCUCUUACCUGAAUACCGCCGCAGGAACCACCAACUCACAGUACCAUCUUAUAGGGCACAGUCUCGGCGCCCACGUCUGUGGCUAUGUAGGAGAGAUCGUCAGAGGACUAGGACGAAUUACAGGUUUGGAUCCCGCUGAACCGAACUUUGAAGACACACCAGUGGAAGUUCGUCUUGAUUCUAACGAUGCUAACUUUGUUGACGUUAUUCACACCGACGGAUCGGAAUUCGAUACCAUUUCCGGUUACGGUAUGAAGAUGCCAUGUGGUGAUAUGGACUUCUAUCCCAAUGGAGGACGUAAUCAGCCUGGUUGUACACACGAGACAUGGACCAACGUCGUAUCUCACCUAGAGUUAGGACCACAAGCUGUUGGCGGCAUGCUGGCCUGCAGUCACGACCGGUCAAUCUACCUAUUUACUGAGUCCAUUAACGGUAGGUCCUGCACCCUGAAGGGCCAUCCUUGUCAGAGCUACGAGGAUUUUGUGGUAGGACGCUGCUUCUCCUGUGGAAACCAACCAUGUCCCAGCAUGGGCUACCACGCCGAUAGUUUCAGAGCGAGGGGAAAAUUCUACCUGGCCACUACAGACAGUCCACCAUAUUGUGGCAACUUUUACCAAGUGACCGUCCAGUUUGGACCGACCAUGGCAACUGAUCACGGAGAGUUACAUCUCCGGAUACUUGGAACAUCGGGACUCUCGGAAAUAUUCGCCAUCAAAAGUUUCAACCCCCAGACCGGACGUGACGACGGUUUCCAACAGAACCAGGAACGGAAGGUUAUGCUUGUGUCCAGAAGCUACCUAGGCGACAUACUGAAUGUACAGGCCCAGUUCCAGGAGUCCAGAUCCCUGCUAUCGUAUUUCUGGACCGGGGAGAUAUCUCUCUCCAGAAUCAUGGUGACCGACGGCAAAACGGAAGCCAGAUACCUAUUCUGUGUAGGCGAGGCUGUACUACGCGCAGGACAAGCAAUGGUCGGCUUCAACCAUGCAGUUCAUACUGUGGCGGAAUGUACCACAAGGCAGUAGCUACGAUAGGUGCCGAUCAAAUGGGAUGUAUAAACAUCCGGCUAGGCGACAUAAACUGUAAAUCUGAUCGGCAUUAUUUAUGUCCAUGUCCUUGAUUUUAGAAUAUAAAUAGUAUCUGUGUUUAUAUAUGUAAUACAAGAAUUCGUUGUUCCAGAAAUCUACUGGUCAAGCAUAUCAUGCCACUAAAUCGAAGCUCCUUGAAUAUGACAUUACUAUACUCUGUAAGCCAGAAUUUGAAAUGGGUGGAUGUGAGUUAUUUACACCGGCCAACACUAUGUCCCUAAAUAUAGUGUUUUGUGGUUAGCAAGACAGAGUUAGUGUCAUACAAAUGGACAACGUUGUACAAUUUAAUCAGAAGUUAUCUCCCUUAUAAUGUACAUUUUGAGAAUCAUACUGAUCCAUGAUGUAAUAAAAGGACGGCGUUUAAUUUGAA